UUACUUAAAUAAAAUGAAAAUAGAAAAGAAGAGGACCAAACACGCCUUCAUCUCCGCCGCCGGCCUAUUAUCUGAAUCAUCUUAGCAAAUAAUCCUCAUUUUAAAGGGUGCAGAGAGAGAGUGAGAGUUUAGAGAGAGACGGAGCUAGAAAUUUCUGUUGUGGAUUUCAAGAGAACAGCUUCAACGAAAUAAAACAUGAGUUCACUGGAUGUUGCCAGAGCAGAGCUUGCCCUUGCUGUUUUAUAUCUGAACAAAGCUGAAGCAAGGGACAAGAUAUGCAGGGCAAUACAGUAUGGUUCAAAGUUCUUGAGUAAUGGAGAGCCUGGAACAGCGCAGAAUGUUGACAAAUCAACUAGCUUGGCUCGAAAAGUUUUUCGACUGUUCAAGUUCAUCAAUGAUCUUCAUGCUCUUGUUAGUCCAAAUGCUCCAGGAACUCCACUUCCUCUGAUUUUGUUGGGAAAGUCGAAAAAUGCACUCUUGUCCUCUUUCUUGUUUUUGGAUCAAAUUGUGUGGCUUGGUAGGACUGGCAUCUAUAAGAACAAAGAACGCACUGAAUUGAUUGGAAGGAUAUCUCUGUAUUGCUGGCUCAGUUCUUCUGUUUGCACCACCCUUGUCGAGAUUGGGGAAAUUGGAAGGCUAUCCGGAUCGAUGAAAAAGUUAGAAAAAGAAUUGAAGAACACUAAUAAAUAUAAGAAUGAACAAUACCAAGCUAAGCUUCAAAAAUCAAAUGAGAGAUCACUUGCUCUUAUCAAGGCUGGCAUGGACAUAGUUGUUGCUGUUGGUUUGCUUCAACUGUCACCCAAGAAAGUUACCCCUCGUGUAACUGGUGCUUUUGGAUUCGCCAGCUCUCUCAUCUCCUGCUACCAGUUGCUCCCAUCACCACAGAAGACAAAGACUACUUGAAGGCUGGUUUAGGUUUAAGUUUAAGUUUGUGAUAAAAACUUGAUGUGUCUUUGAAUUAUACAUUGCAUGAUUGUAAUCUUUAGUGUACGUACUGCUCCCAGUGUCGUUCGCUUUGUUGCAAACCGGUUUAUGAAUAAUGUAUGCAUUGACCUAUUCUGGUUUA